AUGCAGAAAGGCGCAGAUGAAGCUCCGGUCAGGACUCGCCCCACUCGCCCCACGCGCAGUCGGUCGGAAGCCGCGGCUACCGCGUGCCUUCCCCCCCGCUCACCCAAGCACUACUACCGCCGAACGGAUGACCUCACGACGAGAACGGAUAACGUCACGACGCCAACCGUUGGAGUCGAUCCCGCCAGGGGAGCAGAUGACGUCAUACAGAAGGGGUCGGAUGACGUCACGCCUAACGGCGUUCAUAGCUCUGCGGCGAACGGGGUCCCCCUGAAUGGAGAUGGCGCUGCUGCGGGAGCGGCGCUAGCAUUGGAGUCGAACCCAACAUCCCCCGCACCACACCACCUCCACCACCACCACCACCACCACCACCAGCACCAGCACCAGCAAUCCAAGUCACCCCAGCGCUACCAACAGCAGCAGCAAACGUCGCCGCGUCCCCAAGCACGCUCGCCUGAACCCACCAGAUGGCCGCCCGAGCCCCCGUUAGAGUCACACCGUGGAAAAGGGACCGCCAGGGGGGUAACCCGAGAGGGGGGUAUACGGGACCCAGAGGGCCCUGGUGAGGGGGGCAGUGAGGCGACGGACGGCUCUUCUCGAGGGAAGGGUUCUGCUGUGGUGUAUGCAGCGGAGGGCCCGGUGAGGGAAGAGCGCCGGGACAGUGAAGCAGCAGCGGGAACAGCUGCGGCAGGAGCAGGAGCAGCAGGAGCAGCAGGUGAUGCAGCAUCAAGAGUAGAAGAAGUAGCAGAUGCAAGUCCAGCCAAAGUGCUGGACUCAGCAACGGGAGGAGCUGCCGCAGCAGGAAUCCUAGGAACAGCACCAGCAGCAGCAGCACCAGCAGCAGCACCAGCAGCAGCAGCACCAGCAGCAGCACCAGCAGCAGCAGCAGCAGCAGCAGCAGCAGCAGCUGCAGCAGGAGCAGCAGGCGCGAUAGGAAGGGUACCGAGUCCCACAGCCGUGACCAAGCUGCCCGUGCCAGAGUUCUUUCCAGACACCACCGCAGACCCAGCAGACGCGUGGGUUCACCGCCCCCCCGUGGACGAGGGCAAACCUAUUAGGUGGCGCAAGGGCGAGCUGAUAGGCGCGGGCGCGUACGGGUGCGUGUACAUGGGGCUCAAUCUGGAGUCCGGCGAGCUGCUGGCCGUGAAGCAGGUGCUGAUUCCGUCCGCCUCCACCACCAAAGACAAGGCGCAGGAGUACAUCAAGGGACUGGAGGCGGAGGUUGCAGUGCUGAGGAACCUGUCCCACCCGAACAUUGUGCGCUAUCUGGGCACGGCGAGGGAGGAGGAGGCGCUCAACAUCUUCCUGGAGUUCGUCCCUGGGGGUUCAAUCGCCUCUCUGCUCAACAAGUUUGGGUGCUUCACGGAAAAGGUCAUCCGCAUGUACACGCGGCAGCUGAUGACUGGCUUGAGCUACCUUCACUAUAAUCACAUCAUGCACCGCGAUAUCAAGGGCGCCAACAUUCUGGUCGACAACAGAGGGUGCAUCAAGCUGGCGGACUUUGGGGCGUCACGGAAGUUAGCAGAUCUGGCAACGAUGAGUGGGCACAAGUCCAUGAAGGGCACUCCCUACUGGAUGGCGCCAGAGGUCAUCAAACAGACGGGCCAUGGCAGGCCAGCAGACAUCUGGAGUGUAGCAUGCACAGUCAUUGAGAUGGCGACAGGCAAGCCGCCUUGGAGCGAAUUCCUCUCCCAGGUGUCAGCGCUGUUCCACAUAGCACAGUCCAAGGGCCCGCCUCUCAUUCCCGACCAUCUGUCUGCGGACGCAAAGGACUUUCUGCUGCGCUGCUUCCACCGUGAUCCAAACAAGCGCCCAAGUGCGGCUGACCUUCUCAAGUAUUCGCCUGUACUGCUGCCAAAUCGUUCAUCCCCUGUGGCCACAUCUCUAUCGUCGCCGCAUCGAUCCCAGCCUUUUUUUCUCCCCCUUCUUUCUCCCUCCCCCUCCCCAUCCCUCUCCCUCUCCCUCUCCCUCUCCCUCUCCCUCUCCCUCUCCCUCUCCCUCUCCCCCUCCCUCUCCCUCUCCCUCUCCCUAUCCCUCUCCCUCUCCCUCUCCCUCUCCCUCUCCCUCUCCCUCUCCCUCUCCCUCUCCCUCUCCCUCUCCCUCUCCCUCUCCCUCUCCCUCUCCCUCUCCCUAUCCCUCUCCCUCUCCCUCUCCCUCUCCCUCUCCCUCUCCCUCUCCCUCUCCCUCUCCCUCUCCCCCUCCCUCUCCCUCUCCCUCUCCCUCUCCCUCUCCCUCUCCCUCUCCCUCUCCCUCUCCCCCUGUUAUACUCUAUGCUCACCACCUGUUUCAGGCACCUCUCUCCCCCACCAGCCCUCCGGACUACUGGCAUGA